CAUGGCCUCCGGCCCAUUAAUUAAUCCAGUCGCGGCCCAUAACCCUGGGAUUCGGCCUGCGUGCACGGCGGCCCCUUUCUUCUCCUCCGGCUUCAGACUUGGUGCUCUGUUCCUCUGAAUGUGCCUUGCAGCUAUGCUGACACAGAGCAGCCCCUCGGCGCCCUACAAGUACCCCGACCCUGCCCGUUCCGUAGCUGAAGCGCCGGAAGUCUCCCACCUCCCCUUCUUCUCCGAUUAGCCAUAGCGCCCAGCCAAAGCAGAAGUCUGCGGGAGAGCGCCAUAGAUAGACAGAGAAACCCAUCCGAGACACCAUCCAAAUUCAAAAACGAGCGAAAACAAAGCAGUCCAAAACCAGACGCGCGUUAGAGUCUCCAAAGCUUAUCCCUCCACUCCACUCUCCGCCGCAAGCCGCAGCCUCCCCUUCCGGUUAUAUAACGCGGCCGCGUGCUCUGCCUCCUCCUGGCCUACACAAGAUUUAAAUAAACACACGCGCUAGCUGCGCCAACGUAGCUUUGCUAUAGGCUAGUGUCACUUGCCGAGGACAAACAGGGGAGACAUGGCACUGACAGUGUUGGAGACCACCGAGCAGCAGCUCCUCCCGUGCCAGCAGUCCGUUGAGCAUGGCGCUGGCGAUGGCGGCAACGGCAAGGCCGCCGCUGCUGGCGCCGAGAAGGCUACCGUCAUGCUGAAGGAGACGGGCCACGGCGGCGACGUCGACCGGCCGGACAGGGACAACAUAUGGAGCAUGAUUCAGGCGCAGAAGCCGCCGCCUGCCGCGCCAAGGCAGGCGCAGGCGCCGGCGCCGUACGUGCACCCGCUCGCACGCCGCUCGUCCGGUCUGCUGACGCAGAAGAGCCUGGAGACCUGCACCGAGAGCCUCGGCUCGGAGACAGGCUCGGACGGCUUCUCCGACGCCGACGACUCCGCCACCGACCGCUCGUGCACGGGCUGCGGCGACGACGAGCGCGGGGAGGAGGAGGAGGAGGAGGUGGCCCCGCACGCGGCCCCGCCCAGGUCGUUCCCGCCGCCGCUGCCGUCGCUGGCGCGGCGCAGGGUGGAGCCCACCACCAUGGAGAUGAGGCAGGAGCGCCAGGACGGGCGCCUGCUCGUCAAGGUCGUCCCGGUGGCGUCGUCCACCCUGCUCCGCGCGCAGCGCCGCGACGGCCGCCUACUCCUGUCGUUCGCGGACACGGUCGCCCCUGCCUUGGACGAGCUGGACAGGAGGAGCGGCGACCAGCCGGAGACCGAGCAGCAGGCCGACGAGGAAGACGAGGAGGACGAGGUCGAGGUCGUGGACAGGGGGACAGUCUUGGAGGUCAAGGUGAGCGCGCAGCCGCAGCGGCAGGCGCGCAGCGGGAGCGGCCCGCGAGUGCACCGCUCCGCGCUCGUCAUCAACAAGUUCGUGGGCGCCGAGCCGGUCAUCACCUCCUCCUGCGAGAUCGACGGCGGCGCCCCAGCCGCACAGCACCCGGUGGCGCCGGUGAAGCCCCCGAGGCGCGCCACUGGGUCCACCACCACAGCGGUCGCGGCCCUGCUGGCAGCGGCCUCAGCGCUGAGCGCGACCGCCGCGCCGCCGAGCAAUGGCGACGACGCCGCCGUCCCCGGCGCCACGUGCGGCGAGAACAAACUCCUCAUGACGGCGAGGCGGCACAGCAGCAAGGAGGAGCUGAUGAUGCACAUGCGCCGGUGCAGCGGCCAGCUCAGCCCGUCGCUUUUCGUUUGGGAAGGGACCAAGGGUGCAUCGCAAUUCGCAACCUCCUCAUGAACGCGCCAUUGCCGAUGAUCCAUUCCAUAUUUGCAUGCAUGCUUUCAACGAGUGCUCUGUUUGUUUGCAGCAGCCGGUGCUGCUCUAACGUCCGUAACUCCGUAAAUAAAGACAAAACAAAUGUAUCAGGCUUCAGGCAUGUGUUCAUGAGCUUGCUCCGCUUACUCGUAUGAUUCUUUUUUGUUUAAGAAUUUUGACCCUCUUCUAUUGAGAUAUUGAUAUUGAUUCUAUUCA